AUGACGUCAUUGUCCCCGUGAUCCGGAAGCUCUGCUGUUAUUUCUUGUACACGUAGCUAGCAGUGUUGGCGGAGUCUCUGGUGUUUAACGGCUGCUCGCAAUGGCAGGGUUUGACAACUUCAACACAGACUUUUACCAGUCUAGUUACAGCGUAGAUGACCAAAACCAAGGAGGAUAUGGCUACAGCAACACAGAAGACCCGUACAGCAAGCCAUAUGGUCAAAAUGAUUACUCGCAGUCAAUGGGCUACUCGGCGCCUCCAGGAAUGAUACCGCCUCAGCAGCCAUACAUGGGGCAGAUCUACCAGCCCACACCAGCGUUUACACCCACCUCCUCACAGUCCAUAUACAGCAGCAGCUUUGAGGAUGAGCCUCCGUUACUGGAGGAGCUGGGGAUAAACUUUGAUCACAUCUGGCAGAAGACGUUGACCGUGCUGCAUCCAUUGAAGGCAGCAGAUGGCAGUAUAAUGAACGAAACAGACCUGGCUGGUCCCAUGGUGUUCUGUUUAGCCUUCGGGGCCACGCUACUCUUGACGGGUAAGAUCCAGUUUGGUUAUGUGUAUGGUAUCAGUGCCAUCGGGUGCCUUGGCAUGUACUGCCUGCUCAACCUCAUGAGUAUGACGGGUGUGUCGUUUGGCUGUGUGGCCAGUGUUCUGGGUUACUGUCUGUUACCUAUGAUCAUCCUGUCCAGUUUCGGUGUCCUCUUUUCCUUACAGGGCAUGAUGGGUAUCAUUUUAACAGCUGCCAUCAUUGGCUGGUGCAGUCUUUCAGCCUCUAAGAUCUUCAUCUCAGCUUUGGCCAUGGACGGGCAGCAGCUGCUAGUGGCAUACCCCUGCGCCCUGCUCUAUGGAGUCUUCGCCCUCAUCUCUGUUUUCUGAACUCUGAAUCUCUACAUAUACACACACACACACAACCCUUUAUUUGAGGACUCCAUCAUUGAGCGUGUUUUUCAUCUUCUGAGAGAAUGUGGCAUUAAUUUUUCAUGCUUUAUUUUUGCUGGCCCUCCUACUCUUAGAAAGGUUUGUGCUUGUUAUAUAAUGCAGGUUAAUACUCAUCACAGUAUCCACUUAUUCCCUUCAAAAUAGUCUUUAAUCAAGUCAGAAAAAAGUGUUUGCGUCAAAGAGAAGAAUGUGUUAUCAAUGCGAAGAGCACGUUUCUCCUCCUACACAACGUUUUUAAUGCUUUUGUUUUUUCAUAGAGACAUCUCACUCUAGAAUGUCCUUUGCCAAGAAAACUCGUUUUUUCUUCACAUUCCUGAAUUACUGUUGAUUGUUCAGCCUGUGUUCAUUCGUACGCUUGGGUUAGUUAAGAGUGCCUACAUCGUGAAUACACACAUUUUCAGCCAUGUACUAGUUAAAUUAAAAGGAAAGAAGAAAAAGCAUGCUUUUUUUUUCUUUGAAACUGAUAGCAGUCUGCAAUAAAUCCUUAAACUGUGGCUUACAAAAGAUACAGACAUUUUAACCGCUUUGUUAAACAUGUCCGCAGGCUAGACUUUUGUAUUUCUUGAUUUAUUCACAUUAACACAUUGAUACAGGUUGCAGAGCCAAUUUGAAAUACUUCUUAAAGGGAUAGUUCACCCAAAAAUAAAUUCUGUCAUCAUUUACUCAAUCUCAUGUUGUUCCAGACAUCUCCUUUUUUGUGUUCCAUUAAAGAAAGAACAUCAUAUGGGGUUGGAACAACAUAAAGGUGAGUAAAUGAUGACAGAAUCUUACUUUUUGGGUGAACUAUCCCUCCUAAAGCUUAAAGACUUAUGUAUACAAAUCUAAACAAAGUCUCUCUUUCAAGUCACUGAUCUGUGGAUUGGCUUUUUUUGUUCAUGUUAAGGAGCCACGACGAGUAUAUUUAUAUGCCAUGUAACUUGUUUUGUAUAUUCAGAAGAGUACAAAUGUUUCUAUCAAUUCUGUGUUGUGGAAAAUCUGUGACCAACUGAUGGGGUGUUUCACAGGUUUUAAUCAAAUAAAAAUGCAAGUUUUGUUGGAA